UUGAAGAAUUGUUACUUGAUGAAUACCAUUCAAUUUCUUCAUCAAUACUAUCUUCAGAAUAUUCCAAGAAACUUGCUUCUCCAUUAAUUGUAGCCAUAAAUGCUUCUCUAUCAACUAGUAAAGAGGAAGAGUCUUCCAAAAUAUUCGAAGACUACUUAUGUUCUUGGUUUAAACUCUUUCAGGAUUCAAUUGCCACAGAAAUGAUGAAUGAUAACAAAUUUUUAUGGAUUUUAAUUUGGAUUAUGAGCUUUCGGGCAAGGUUUAACCUACUAGAAACAGCUACACAAUCAUUACUAAAAUUCAUGAAAUUGGUAUUGGUAGAGAUCGGAGACUCUGAUUAUGAUGAGUUUCCUGACACUUUAUACCUUGUAAAAAAAGGUUCUUGA